CUCGAGGAAAUUUUGAAAAUUCGGGAUAAACAGACAUAAGGAAUAGGACUCUCUCUACUCUUUUUACCGCUCAGAAUGUCAACCCAAGAGACCCAGGUAUCCAGCCUGCCGAUGCCGCCGGAGCGGUACAUCAGCAACUACACGGAGGAGAACAUACGCCGCAAUCGCGCACCACGUCCACCGCUGCCCCCCUCGCAGCACGAAGUUUACAGUAUGUUCGGCAUCCAGUACAACAAUGACGAGAUGAUACGCUCCCUGGAGUCGCAGAACAUCAAGCGCCUGAUACCCAUACACUUUGACCGUCGCAAGGAGCUGAAAAAGUUGAACCACUCGCUGCUGGUAAAUUUUCUGGAUCUGAUAGACUUCCUCAUCCUCAAUCCCGACAGUCCCCGGCGAACAGAGAAGAUAGAUGACCUUAGCCUGCUGUUCGUCAACAUGCAUCACCUGUUGAACGAGUUUCGGCCGCAUCAGGCCCGUGAAACGCUGCGCGUGAUGAUGGAAAUGCAGAAGCGUCAGCGUGUGGAGACCGCCACCCGUUUUCAGAAGCACUUGGAGCGUGUGCGGGACAUCGUAAACAGCGCCUUUUCCGCCCUGCCUGUCCUGUGCGACGACGAUGAGAAGGGCAAUGCCAAAGUCAAGUCGGAAGUGGAUCCCCUCGAAUCGAAUGCGGCGGCCAAGAACGAUCCGAGCUAUCAGCAUGAUCGCAUGAUGUGCAAGCUGGUGGAUGGCAUCGAAUGAGAUUGCAGGCCAGAAUGAUGAUUGAAGGAAGACUGGUCAUUGUGAAUGGCACGAAGUUAUAGCACCCAUAUUUAUAGCACCUUAUAGACCCCUAAGAAUAAAGUACAUAGUUUUUGUUUUGUGAUGAUAAUCGUAUAUUACAUGCCUUGCGAUUAAUUCCUGCAA